AUGUUCCGACCAACCCUCCCGGCUGCAGUCCUGCACCGCGCGCGCCCGACGCGCCUUCCCAUCCCGCGAUCGCCGUUCGAGCCGCGCCCCGCGCGCGCGACAGAGGGCGCAAGCGUCGACCGCCCCGUCGCCCUCGUCGGACCCUCGGAACCCACCUCGUCGUCGGCCCAGCUCGACUCGGGCCUGACGCUGCACUACGCCCCGCCCGCGUCGGCGCCGAGCUACACGCUCGGCCUGCCCACACAGUUCACGCAGUGGGUGCAGGGACACCAGGUCGAGCUUUCUGGCGAGGAGGCCGCGCCGCUCCUGCACGUGAAGGAGAGCGAGAGGAAAGUCAACCCCCGCUGGGACGAGGGCAUGCUGGCCAAGAUUAGGGAGCUCAGGGAGAAGGGAUACUCGAAGGGAGAGAUUGCGCAGGAGCUCGACAUUCCCAAGUCCCAGACGCCGCUGAUCUCCCGCGUCGCCCCGCUGUCCCGAGCAGCUCGCGCCAAGAAGGAGGCCGCCCUCGCGCACCAGAAGGUCUCGUGGGGAGAGCGCAAGCAGCUCUUCCGCGACCUUCGCGAGAAGCGCAGGACGUUCUGGUAA